AUUAAACCUGACCUAGUGCUAAAACUGCCAAGGACCAUAUUAUAAGACAGUUCAGUUUCCGCAGCACAAUACACAUGCCCUUCCCACCCAUAAAAUUCUCGCUUAUCUUGCACGGGUCGUACCUACGUCAACCUCUAUGAGCCAAGUUCUAAUCCACAGCUGUGGAGUCUCCACUUCGCUUCGCUUUGAUGAUACGUCAUUUUUCAUCGAGCCUACCAACCUCGACGAUCACACAUCCUCUUGCUGCGCAGGCACAUACAGAAGAGUUAAGUACACAGAGGUGCCUCUUCGCAAUGUCAUUUCCGCCAAAGUUGCAUCUGGCGUCGUCGAAGUACAAUACCUGGUUCGCAAGGACAAGCAGAGCCGCUUGAACCUUGCAACGACAAGCGGCGCAGUUCAGAACGAAGAUAGCACGCGUGCCAAGAAGUGGUGUGAGGCGCUACUUCUGGUUGCAUAUCAGGGCGCGAAUCCAGCCAAGAAUCUCAAGGUGCUUGUUAAUCCUCAUGGCGGACCGGGGAAGGGAAGAGCAUUAUACGUCAGCAAAGUGGAACCCAUACUCCUUGCUGCUGGAUGUAUAUUGGAUGUAACUUGCACGUCACAAUUUCAUGGCAUUCUCCCUUCAUGCUCACUAAUGUAUUCCCACAUAGACACCACCCAUAGCGGUCACGCUAUUGAAAUUGCUCGCGAAAUGAAGCUGGGAUAUGAUGCUUUGGUCACUGUAUCCGGUGACGGUUUGAUCCAUGAGGUCCUCAACGGGAUAAAUCAGCAUGAACACCGUGAUCAGGCAUUUUGUAUACCAAUAGCACCUAUACCAACUGGCUCCGGUAACGGGAUGUCUCUUAAUCUAUUGGGUCUGCAGGACGGGCUGGACGUUUGUGCAGCAACUCUGAAUGUCCUUAAAGGACAACCAUUGAAAACCGAUCUAUUUUCUUUCACCCAAGGAGAUCGUUGCCGGAUAUCAUUCAUGUCACAAACUAUCGGAAUAACGGCAGAUAUCGAUAUUGAAACUGAACAUUUACGAUGGAUGGGGGAUAUCCGAUUCAUCGUAGGCUAUAUCCGUGCUAUCAUUGCCCGCAAAUCAUGUCCGAUCGAGUUAUCAAUGAAGGUCGUCGAUCAAGAUAAAUCCCGCAUGUUGGAUGCUCUUCAUGCACGACGAGCGGGCAAAUCACCUAGCCCAUCUAGCCCUCCUAGUUCGCUCCUCAGUGACGACAAGAAACCUGAUAGUGCAAGCUCUUCACAUGAUGAGUGGACCCGGUUUAAAAGACCUAUCCUGUGGAUGUACGCUGGCCAAGGGCCGUUCGUUAGUCGGGCUUUGAUGCAGUUUCCUGUAUCUUUAGCUGAUGACGGGCUUAUCGACAUUUCUAUACAAGAAAUAACCAGUCGGAGUGCUCUCUUACGGGCCAUGGACGGUGCCGAAGAAGGCAAAACGUACUGGAUAAAUACGAACCGGUACUUCAAAGCGUCUGCUUACCGUGCAAGGCCACUCGCCUCCAAGGGCAACCUCGUGGUGGAUGGCGAGCAGGUUCCCUUCGAAGAGUUCCAGGUAGACGUCCUCAAUAGACUUGGGACCUUUUUAUCCCCGUAUCCUUUUUAUGCGCCAGAAUUCUGAGUACGAGACAUCCAAGGGAACACCUAGGAGGAUACAGUGUACGAUUAUAGUUUCAAUGAUACCCUUCUUGUACAUUGGAAUUGAUUAUCGACUGUAGUUGUGAUACCUAUGCCAUACUGACUACUUAAUCCAUGAAUACAGAGAUGUUCGC